AACUCACUAAUUAAUGUGUUCUUCUCUUUGACUAAUUGACUACAUUAUUCAUGUCACAUUAUACAUACAUACAAUUAUCAAUUCUACUACUAUAUAAAUGAAUAACCCCUUCUCAUAAAAAUCACAACAAAAGAAAUUCUCAUUUUACAUUCUUCUUUUAUUUUAGAGAGAGAAAAUUUUCUUGAAAAAAAAAUGAAUUCUAGAGUUGUUGAAAUGCAGAACAAAUAUGCUGAGUAUGCCAUCUCUUUGAUUGCUCAGGGGAUUAUGGAUGAUCAAUUCAAUCGUGUCCAAAAUAUGCAAGAUAAUUCCAACCCAAAUUUUUUAUCAGAAAUUCUGAGUAGUUAUCUUGGAGAUAUGCCAAAACUCAUACAUAGCUUGGCUCUGGAUCUGCAACAGCAAUAUGUGGACUUCGUGAAACUUGAUAAGACUAUCCAUAAUAUAAAGGGCAGCAGUUCAAGCAUCGGUGCAAUCUGUGUGCUGAAUGCAUGUAAUGCAUUUGUAGCUUGCUGUAAAGAGCAAGACAUUGAAGGGUGCUUUAAGUGCUGGGAACAAACAAGCAAUGCAUUUGCACUGGUGAAGCUCAAGCUGGAGGCCUUACUUAUUCUGGAGCAGCAGAUUCGGGCAGCCGGAGGCAUAGUUCCAAAGCCAGUGGGUUAUUAGUAGUGUCGUCGAUCAUCAGCUAGCAACAUCGUGAUUCAUGCAUGCAUGGUGGUUGCUGAUCAAUUGGAGCGUUGGAUGGUAGAAGAAUGUUUUCGUGUUUUGCUAGCUCUUUAUAUUAAAUAAAAUAGACAAUAUAGUACUAUCUUUAAUAUAUUCCUUUAAUUUUAAGGUUUUCUUAUGAACCUUUGUAAGACAAUUAUUAAUCUAUAUGCAUGCAUGCUCUAUUUUAUAUUUGUUA